UUUUCAGUAUUUAAAGACACUUGGAUAUAACACUCAUGCUGCUGGGAAAUGGCAUUUAGGUUACUGUAACACUGAAUAUCAUCCUACAAGCCGAGGGUUCGACUCCUUUCAGGGUUUAUGGACUGGAGCAGGUGAUCAUUAUCAACAUAUAACUAUUGCUGAUCCCAAUACACCAACAUCUAUCGGAUAUGAUUAUCAUGAGGGUGAAGAAGUAGACCUUGGAGUAUUUAACACAGUAACCUCAACAGUAAUAAGUAACAGAAUAAGUUCCCUGUUGGCUGAAAGAAUAGAGCCUACUAAGGGUAGUUCUAUGAUAAACAACUAUAAUACCUCUAAUCCAUUCUUUAUAUAUGCUGCAUUCCAGGAUGUUCACACACCCCUUCAGAUUGAGAAAGAAUAUGAAGAUCUUUACCCUAACGAAGAAGACCCUGCAAGAAAAAAAUUAUUAGGAAUGGUAUCACGGCUUGAUGCAGCUGUUGGACGGAUAGUGUCGGACCUGGAGAACAUUUCAUACAACAAGGACGGAGAGAGCAGAACUCUAUUACAGGAUACAGUUAUAAUAUUUAGUUCAGAUAAUGGUGGUAUGUCCCAGGGACUAGGGUAUGGAGGGGCCUCUAAUUAUCCUCUCAAUGGGCGGAAAGGGGACACCUACGAAGGAGGGUGCAGAGUGCCAGGAUUCAUUUACAAUUCUGGAGCCCAGGGAGUUACAGAUGAACUGUUUCAUAUUACAGAUUGGUUACCGACAAUAUUCGCAGGUAGUUUAAGUAGUUCAAGGAGUUCAAGUAGUUCAAGUAGUUCAAGUAGUUCAAGUAGUUCAAGGAGUUCAAGUAGUUCAAGUAGUUCAAGUAGUUCAAGAAGUUCAAGUAAUUCAAGUAGUUCAAGUAGUUCCUGA